AUGUCGAGAUUCGUUUUGGUCACGGGCGCAACAGGCUUCAUCGGUGCCCAUAUUGUCGAUGCUUUGCUCUCACGCGGAAUUCGAGUGCGAGGAGCAACCCGGUCGCUAGAAAAGGCCGACCUCAUGAUAAAAGCCCGUCCACAAUUUUCGCAUUUACUUGAAUUCGUUCAGAUUGGUGAUUUCGAAACUCGAAACCCGGAGGGCUUGGUGGCUGCGAUUGAAGGGAUAGAUGGAAUUAUCCACACUGCCAGCCCAUUCACUUAUGAUACAAUCAACAAUGAGCGAGAGCUUAUUAUUCCUGCGAUCAAUGGUGCCAUUGCGAUUCUAGAGGCUGCGAGAACGAACCCUCAAAUUCAACGCAUAGUCAUUACUUCUUCUUUUGCUUCCGUCCUCGAUAUUGAUCGCAAAGGGCCAUAUUUUACUUAUACCGGUGCUGAUUGGAAUCCUCUCACUUAUGAAGAGUCUAUUGAUCCUGCCACAAGUGCAGUUGUUGCGUAUAGGGGCUCCAAAAAGUUUGCGGAACUUGAAGCUUGGAGAUACAUUCAGGAACGUAGUCCUGAUUUCGAUAUCGUCGCUCUGUGUCCUCCUAUGACAUUUGGCCCUGUGGUACACCCCGUCGACCGUGUGAGCAAGCUAAAUGAGUCCAACGCGAUGCUAUGGAAGGUCGCAAGUGGUGUCAAACCCCUUCCUGUCUCUCGAGUGCCGUUUUGGAUCGAUGUCCGUGACCUCGCAACAGCUCAUGUGGAAGCCCUCACUUCGGCCAAUGUAGAUGGGAAACGAUAUAUCCCAGCCUCCCCUGAAAGAUUUUCUUACGGGAUUGCUGCACAAAUUAUAUCAAGCGCAUUUCCAGACCUAAAGGACGGGGUGACCCAGGAGAAUCAGGCUAUCGAUUUAAGCUGUGGGGUGGAUGGAGAAACCGCUUCCAAGGAGCUCGGUUUCACAUAUCGUUCUUUUGAAAAUACCGUGAGGGAUUUGAUAAGCCAAGUUGUUCUCCUCAACAAAUCCUAG